CACACAAAAAAAAAAAAAAAUAAACAACCGCCACAAAGUUGCCGGAGGGGUGGGGGGUUACUUUUUUUUUUCUUCUUCUUUUUUAAAAUAAACCUCGGAUAAACCGCGUUUUAUAAUUAAUAAUGAGAAGAGAUGUUCGUAUACUUCUUGUGGGUGAUGAGGGAGUAGGAAAAAGUACACUUAUUGCAUCCUUAAUUAAAGAAACCUUUGUACCCAAUGUUCAACAUCUUAUACCCGAAGUGACUAUUCCACCAGAGGUCACCCCGGAAAAUGUUACUAUGCAUAUCAUGGAUUCGUCUGCCCGAACAGAAGAUCGUGAACAAUUAGAGGCAGAGAUACGUAAAGCCCAUGUCAUUUGUAUCGUAUAUGCUAUCGAUGACCCCAACACAUUUAAUCGUCUUUCAUUAUACUGGCUGCCUUAUAUCAGAUCUUUGGGUGUGAAUGUUCCUGCUGUAUUGGUCGGUAAUAAGAUUGAUUUACGUGGAAAUGACGUGGCAAAUGGAAGUCUAGAAGAUGAAGUUAUACCCAUAAUGAACGAAUUUAAAGAGGUGGAGACAUGUGUCGAAUGCUCGGCUAAACAAUUAUUGAAUGUUUCAGAAGUUUUCUAUUUCGCUCAAAAAGCUGUGCUUCAUCCAACCGCACCUCUGUAUGAUUCAAGAGAACACGUAUUAAAACCUCAGUGUAUCGAAGCCUUAAAACGUAUUUUCAAGCUAUGUGACACGGACAAGGACAAUAUCCUCAAUGAUGAUGAAUUGAAUGAAUUUCAGAGAAAGUGCUUCAAUGCUCCUUUACAACCACAAGAACUAGAUGGUGUGAAGGAGGUUGUCAGAGAACAUGAACCCACUGGUGUAAGUGAUAUUGGUUUAACAGAGUCUGGCUUCAUCUAUUUACAUUCAUUAUUCAUUCAAAGAGGCCGUCUCGAAACCACCUGGACCGUGCUUCGUAAAUUCGGUUACGGUGACGAUCUCUCACUGCGCGAAGACUUUCUACUACCCUCUCUCGAAGUGCCUGCUGAAUGUUCAGUGGAAUUAUCUCCUCAUGGCUACCAAUUCUUUGCCGAAUUAUUCCAGACGUUUGAUAAAGACAAGGAUGGAGCUUUGAAAAGAAAUGAAUUGGACUCACUCUUCAGUACAUCACCUGGCAACCCUUGGGCCAAUACGGGUUUCCCACAUACCACCAUAACGACAGAGUCUGGAUCAGUGACAUUACAGGGUUGGUUAGCCCAAUGGAGUAUGACCACCUUAUUAGAUCAUAGAACAACACUGAAAUACCUUGCCUAUCUUGGUUUCGAAGGUGAUACUCGUACAGCUCUUAAAGUCACAAAACCCAAAAAAGUCGACCGUAAAAAAGGCAAGAUUCAACGUAAUGUUUUCUCGUGUUAUGUUAUCGGUGCUCCUGGAUCAGGAAAGACCUCACUUUUGAAGGCAUUUGUUCAGAAAAAGUUUGUGGAGCAUGGCUUUACCGAUAAACCCUCCACAGAACCCUUCCAUGUGGUGAAUAGUGUCGAAAUAAAUGGCUCAGAGAAAUACCUGGUUAUGCAAGAGGCCGAACCAAGUCAUGUACCUGAUAUACUGUCCAACAAGAAAAGGCUUGACCAGUGUGAUCUGCUGUGCUUUGUCUAUGAUACCAGUGAUGCAAGUUCGUUUGAAUAUGUCGCUGCAUUACGAGAAAAACACAAAAUAGAUCAUGUCCCUACAGUAUUUGUUGCAACCAAAUGUGAAUUGGAUUUAGUCACUCAACGAUGUGAAGUACAGCCCGAUAUUUAUUGUAGAAACCUGGGCUUGGCCGUUCCCUUAAGCGUGUCUGUCAAGGAGAACCAAAUGGCCGAUUUGUAUCAUAUAUUGACAGCAUUAGCCAUGAAUCCCACAAUGGCUACUCCUGGAUCUAGAAAAGAUAAAUCAGACAAACCUUGGAUAUCAAAACACUGUCUCACUUUAUCUUUAGUGGCGGGUGUAGUGAUAUUGACUGGUUUAGCAAGCUAUAAAUUACUGAAAAAUCAUCCUUCAUUUUCGGGCUCUCAUCUUGUUGCUUCCUUGGCCUCAAAGAAAAAGGAUUAAUCAUAGUUUUUUUUUUUUUUUCUUAAAAAAAAAAAAACUCUUAAUUUUGUAUUUCUACAUCCUGCUCUUUUAUUUAUUUUUAUUUUUUUU